CCCCACAUUCUGCAACAGUCCCUCCUCUCACGGUGCUUUAAAGGUUGUUUUGUUUAUGAUGCCGUACUGCCAGUUGUCUUACACAGCUUCUUUUCCCACCCAGUGGGUCAAUGCAAUCAUUGCUCCCUCAAGAUUAAGUAUCACAGCCGGGUGAUGUUACACCUAUAACCAACCCUCCCCACCAUUCUCCCAUCUAUAACCCCCCUCAUGUGUUCUUAUGGUGUCAUCCAUAAUUAAAUCCAUCAACAGUUUUCUCUUCGACAUCUUAACAUAUGGCGAGGGAUCCUUCCCCAUCUCACACACAACCCUCCUCCCCCUCUGUUACACCCUCCCCUCUUUCCAUCCCUACUCAUCCGGCUGACUCUCACCAUCCCUCUCACUCCUCUCAUUGUCUGUUUCCGCCUGAGUAACACUCCCCCCCCCAUACACACACACACCCUCCAUUUGGGGAUUACAGUCUAGACAGCCAGCGCUGAUUGGUUGUCACACCCAACGGUGUCCCCCGAUUGGAGAGAGAUACAUAUAGGGGCCUUCAGACUGAUCCGUUUGAAAGGUGAGAGAGGGUGACAGGCUGGCAGAGGUGCAGACUAACAACAACAGAGAGACAGACAGGGAUAUCUUUACCCCCUGCUUUGUGACAGUUUAUAGAAGCUGUGUAUGAAAGAAGCCGGAGAUGGCCUCCACGCUCAGAUGAAUUCAAUGAUGGGAGCCCUUCAGGAACUCAAGCUCCUUCAGGUUCAGACAGCGCUAGAAAACCUCGACAUUUCUGGUCGGCAUAUUAACCGAGGACUCCCACAUCCAGCUCCGACAGCUCCUCCUGAAGCAUUAGCUACAGUGGCGUCAACCUCAGGCAAGGGUCACGGGUCCUGCUUUAGCCAAAACAUGCUUGAGGAGGCCAGCCCGAGUCCGAUGCCAAGUCCAAGGCCGUCUCAGGAGAGCAGAAACACCUUCAGCCGUGAUAACAAGAGCCUGUCUCGAAACAGAAGCAGCCUGGGAACAUCAUCUUCCUCAGCAUCCAGCCUUGAGAGUGAAAGCGAGGGAAGUGAAAGAAGCACACAAAGCGUGACUGACCUUGAGUCUAUACCCAAAAGGUGGUCAGGAUACUCUGCCCCGCAGGUGGAUUUCUAUGGACCAAUGGUGGGAAACCCUCCACCGGAGCCCUACCCUCAGCCACAGGCUUCCGGUCGUGCUCAGGCGGUGGACCUUCCUGGGAUCCUGUACAGCCUCUCCAGAGAAGGCCCUUCUUUGGACAGCGACUACUCCCAGGACAGCACAGACGAUGCCAGCGACUGGACUUCUUCGCUCAUGAGCCGCAGCCGCAACCGUCAGCCAUUAGUGCUGGGCGACAACGUCUUCGCCGACCUCGUGGGCAACUGGCUAGACCUUCCCGAAGUGGAGAGGGAAGAAUGGGAAGAAGAGGAGAGGAGGAAGAGAAGAGAGGAGAGGAUAGCGGAUGGAGAGGUGGACAGGCCAGACACCCCAGCUCACCCUCUCCGCCUCAGCCGCUCGCAGGAGAUCUGUAGGAAAUUCUCAUUAACCACAAACAUCUUCAAGAAAUUCCUGCGCAGCGUCCGCCCCGACAGGGACAAGCUGCUCAAGGAGAGGCCUGGUUGGAUGGCUCCGGAGCUGCAAGAGAGCGACCUCUUCAAAAGGCCAAAGAAAGUGGCACCUAAAAGUUCAAAAGGCAGCUUCUACCUGCCCUUCUGGGCAAAUGGACAGCAGGGAAAAGGCAGGCCAUGUCCUCAUUUAGCUGAAGCAGAGAGGAACCACCAACACCACUUCCCCCAGCUCCACCAGCAGCCAUUUGCUGGCAUUUAUUUAGACAGGAGACAGCCAGAGACUGGUCUUGAGAAAAUGCAGCCCUUGUUUGACUACAACACAGCUGUGUGGGUCUGACAGUGAGUUUCGGGCCAACAGACUGCCAGUCAUGCCAAACUGAGUGAGUGACAGGUGCUUGGGGGGUUGGCUGUGCUGGAGGGGGAAUGAAUGAAUGAUUGAAUGAGAAGCUUGGAUACAGUUAUCUUCCAAAAAUGAACCAAUGAACUUCACGCCCUUAACAAGAUUAUCAGGGCAACAUUUUGUCUGACAAUCCUAAAAACCUAAACCUUGUUUGCUGUGUGUGUUUGUGCGUGUGUGUGUGUGUAUAUGUGUGUGUGUAUAUGUGUGUGUGUGUGUGUGUGCGUGCAUGGGUGCGUGCGUGCAUGCAUGUGUGCGUGCGUGCGUGCGUGCGUGCGUGCAUGUGUGCUGGAGAGUGUCUGACAGAGAGAAAAAUCUUUUUAGGAUUUAUGCUGCAAGUUUUGUAUUAUUAAAAUAUGUGCAUGUAUGGCUGGGUUCUCUGGAUGUCUUAAAAGACGGUACAUUAAAAUGGACAUCUUUCUCAGAAUGUCACCAUCAUUACAUUACAGAUCUUCAUGAAAUAGCCACAGACUUUUUCACUGCUACAGGACUCUCAUAUAUCUCACUUUGUUGCAUCUAUGAAUAGAAACACCAACUGUUGGAUUGCAUGGUUACCAUUUUUAUUAGUGAUGCUACAAACAGCUGUUACCGAACGCACUGCCACUAAACAGUCAUAAGCUCACUUUUGUUUCCAACAGGCCUCGAAGCCUUGGAAACUCAGGUUUAACUGACCCUGUCCGUCUCAUUCACCUAGCUCAGGGAAUGAAUGUUACACAGGAGUAAACUAUGAGACACUGCCGCAUUGAAAUGGUUUUCAAAUACAGAAAAAAAUAGAGAUGUCCUGCCUCAUCUCAUCUUGCCUAGAAAGACGCAACAGCAAUACAGUGCAUGACUUCUUUAAAGAUUGCACAUUAAACUUUGAGAUUUGUCCAUCGUAAUCAGCAAUGUUGUGCUUGCCAUUAGAAAUGCUUGUUUUUGUAGACAUGGCACAUGUUGAGUCAAUUGUCAGUCCUCAGAGAGAGGAGGGGGUAAAGAUGGCAACGCCAACCACGAGUACUGACUGCCAUCUGGUACCUGGUCGUUAUGUAAAGCUUGUUCACCACAGCCUCGAGAAAGAUGCAAAACAGCCUUGUUUAAUCCCAAAGCUUUGAGGAUGAACUGAAUUAUGACGAAAGUGUUACAUACUGUUUAAACACAGGUGAAUACAUCACAGGGCUGUAACAGUGAUGAGACAGUUGAAAGUGGAGGCACAGACCCGUAAUCGUUAUCAGACAGUAUCAAUGUACAGAACAUUGUACAUAUUUGUCAUCAACCAAACAGCAGCAAUAACGAACUUUACUGUAAUAUCCCAUCACAUGUAUUUCAUUAUUCUGCACGGAUAAAUAUGUCACUGUAACAUUACAAUAAACAACACCACACAUGUAUUUAAACCACAAAUUGAUGAGUUAAUCUUACAGUAUCUAUUAUCUUGUAUCAUAAGAAACCGUUUCAGUGUUUUUCAUUUCAAGCAGCUUGUUAUAAUACAGUUAGAAAAAAACUACAGCUUCCUUCACAAAUUCACAUAAAUAUCAUGAUUCCCUCAGGAUUAUAGAUGACACUGCCCGCUCGGACUCAAAGUACUUUGCUUUUAUAGAGGACCACUGUUAUGCAAGGACAAUCUAAUUCUCUAACUCAUUAUUAUUAUGAAAAAGUGUUAAUAUCACUCAGUUUUAAAUGGGAUCCUAGACCAAUCAAUUUAGCCAGAAGGGAUUAGGCCUUAGGUCUUUUGAGUGUCUUGGCCAGUCGUUCCAUAUGGUGUUGUCUCAGUAUUCAGGUCAAUACAUACUUCAGAGGGUCCAACACACCCAGACUGUUUCUGCUGAGAAGUUUGUGCUAUGAGGCACAGUCUGAGAUGUCAUAUCAAACAGUGUGUUUAUGUAAAUGUAACAUUUAUGUUGUCUAAGUGUCAUUUUCAGCACUGUUGUUGAUAUUUUUCAUCAGGGUUCUGCGAACCUUCAGUAGUGAUUAUGUGUCAUGUGCACUGUAAAACUGUCACUGACUCUUUGUAAAUUAAAUCUGUUUUCAAGAAAUGUCA